AUGACGGACAAGAUGGAUGCGGUGCCCGCCGAGCAGCGCGGCGGCUGGAUGAGCUUUCUGAAAUCGAUUGCGAGCUUCUCUGGCGACCUGAGCAAGAUGACGGCGCCUUCGUUCAUUCUCUCGCCCGUGUCCCUGGCCGAGUACCCGUCGUAUUGGGGCGAGCAGCCCGACACGCUCACUGCGAUCAUCGAGGGCAAGACGCCGGAGGAGCGCAUGGCAGCUGUGCUGCGCUGGUUCAUUGCGACGCUCAAGGGCCAAUACACCUCGCGGAAUACCUCGAUGGGUUCCGAGAAGAAGCCGCUGAACCCGAUCCUCGGCGAGCUCUUCCUCGGCGCGUGGCCCGCGUCGGGCGAGCGUGGCGAGACGACGCUCACUGCUGAGCAGGUGUCGCACCACCCACCGAUCACCGCGUACGCCCUCGAGAACGCCAAGGCGGGCGUCUCGGUCGUGGGCCACAGCGGCCAAAAGACCUCCUUCAACGGCCGCUCGAUCCAUGUGCAGCAGGUCGGCCAUGCGACCCUGCGCCUGAAGCGCCCGGAAGGCGAGGAGGUCUACCUGAUUACCCUGCCCACGCUCACGAUCGACGGCCUGUGGUACGGCUCGCCGUACAUUGAACUCACCGACACGUCCUACAUCCACUCCACGACCGGCCUUUUGGCUACGAUCAACUACAGCGGCAAGGGCUACUUCUCCGGAAAGGCGCACUCGUUCACUGCAAACGUGACCAAGGGCUCGACGUCGCUCCUCGAGGCCGCCGGCGAGUGGUCGGGCGUGUCGCACGUCAAGAAGAGCACCUUCCUGCCGGCCAACUCGGUGUUCUGGGACUCGAACGCCGUGCCCCGUGAGGAGGUGACUGUCGCCCCGAUCGAGAAGCAGGGACCGACCGAGUCGCGCCGCGUCUGGAAGACGGUCGCCGAGGGCAUCCGCACCGGCAACUACGACCUCGCCAGCAAGGACAAGUCGCGCAUCGAGAACGAGCAGCGCGCCAUCCGCAAGGAACGCGAGGCCAACGGUACCAAGCACAAGCUCACCUACUUCACGCACAUCGAGUCCGACCCGGAGUACGCGGGCCUCGCCGGGCCGUGCAAAGGCCUCCCCGCCACCCAAGAGAGCUACGUCCGCGCGCCGUCUUCGUAG